AUGAGUUUCCGCGAGAAGGUUGUUAUAGUCACCGGAGCCAGUUCAGGCAUCGGUGCUGCUAUAGCCGUGAAAUUCGCUGAACAAGGAGCCAGUGUCGUACUUACAGCCAGAAAUCAGGCCAGGCUAAAGGAAGUCGCAGACAAAUGUAGAAGCUAUGGAGCUAAACAUUGUAUCAUAAUUGCUGACCUCACAAAGAAAGAUGAAAUUGGGAAAAUCGUUGCAACUACCGUGGAACAAUUUGGAAAAAUCGACGUUUUGGUCAAUAAUGCUGGAAUAGCUGGGAGGGCGGCAAUCUGGGAAGCGAAUGCAAUGGAAUUAUAUGACGAAAUAAUGGCAACCAAUCUUCACGCCGUGGUAUACUUAACAAGCCUCGCUGCUCCUCACUUGAUUAAAACCAAAGGUAACAUUGUGAACAUAUCUAGUAUUGCCGCGGUUAACGUCAUUAAACCAGAACAAUUCGCUUAUUGUACUUCGAAGGCUGGACUGGAUCAUUUCACCAGGUCCGCGGCUCCAGAUUUUGCGUCGAAGGGCGUGAGGGUGAACUCUAUUAACCCUGGGCCGGUAGAAACAAAUAUUGCCCAGUGUUUGGGUGACAGGCAAGGCGAGUUUUGGAAUAUGAUGCAGAAAAUGACAGCUCUUGGCAGACUUUCGGAUUCUGAAGAAAUUGCUGACUUGGUGUUGUUCGUAGCUAGUGACAAAGCUAAAGCUAUAACGGGAUCAUCUUACAUUACCGAUAAUGGGCUUUUGUUGAAAAGAGGUGCAUAA